AUGGAGCCAAAAGAAAGGAUGAGCCUUGGCUCAGCACAGGAACAACACGAAGACAGCGCGUCAAGUGACUAUGAGAAAAGAAGAGAAUCUGCUGCCGACAUCGACGAGGAGAAAGUGGUUGGACUUGAUGGAGCUACGCGAUCAACGAAAGACGGAGAUGCUGAAAGAGGCCGCAGCCAAAGUCGACGCUCGCAAGAUGGAAGGAGCCUGAAGACGAUCAGAUCGCAUCACUCACGAGCUGGAGGAGACGGCUACACAUGCCUCGAUGCUGAAGGCAAUACCCAAGGACCGAGCAAAUCCAGAACUGGAGCUGUCACGGAGCAGCCGUAUCUAGUGACUUGGGAUGGUGACGCAGAUCCAGAGAACCCGAGAAGCAUGGGCAAACUACGAAGAUGGCUCAUCGUAUUGAUAUGCGCCAGCAGUUCUCUUUGCGUGACAUGCACUUCAUCACUAUACACGUCAACCUAUAGUCAGCUGGAGCCAGAGUUUGGGGCCUCCCGCUUAGUGUGUACGCUUGGCUUGUCCAUGUUCGUCGCAGGGUUAGGCGCAGGACCGAUGAUCCUCAGUCCCCUCUCGGAGUUCUAUGGUCGAAGACCUAUCUAUAUCUGCUCGUUUACGUUCUUCCUGAUCUGGAUGAUACCAUGCGCUGUGGCACAGAACAUCCAGACAAUGUUGGUUGCGCGCUUUCUAGAUGGACUAGCCGGCUCAGCCUUCCUCAGUGUAGCUGGAGGCACUGUCGGUGAUAUGUUUGGAAAACACGAGCUAUCUGCGCCUAUGAUGGUUUACACAGCUAGCCCAUUUGUCGGUCCAGAAGUCGGCCCCCUAAUAGGAGGCUUCAUCGUUGAGAACACUACGUGGAGAUGGUGUUUCUAUGUGCUCAUCAUCUGGUCUGGAGUUCAGCUUUGCCUGAUCGUUAUGUUCGUGCCUGAAACGUACCACCCCGUUCUGCUCCGUCGGAAGGCGAUUCGACUACGAGAAGAGACCGGCAACCCAGAGUGGAUAGCGCCGAUUGAGAAGAUGGACCGCUCUAUUGCCAAAACCGUGUUGUGGUCAUGCAUUCGCCCGUUUCAACUGCUGUUCUUUGAGCCUAUGUGCUUGAGCCUCUGCAUACUGUCUGCUAUUCUAUUAGGUAUCUUGUACCUCUUUUUUGGCGCUUUUCCCCUCGUGUUCCAAAACAAUCACGGCUUUAGCAUAUCGCAAACUGGGCUUGCAUUCCUGGGCCUGUUGGUAGGCAUGCUAGCGGGUAUCUCCACGGACCCUAUCUGGAGAAGGAUAUACGGCAGGCUCGUGCGCCAACGUGAGGAACAAGGGGGCGAGCCUGGAGGUUCGGAACCUGAAUUUCGACUUCCUUCAACUAUUCUUGGGGCCUGGGUCGUCCCUGUCGCUCUCUUUGGGUUUGGGUGGACAACGUACUCAUCAGUUCAUUGGAUAGUUCCAAUAAUCUUCUCGGCAGUAUUUGGCCUUGGUGUCAUCUGGGUUUAUUCAGGGGUCUUCACAUUCUUGGUCGAAGCCUACCCUGUCUACGCUGCAUCGGCUCUUGCGGCCAACAGCUUCGCGCGGUCGUACUUUGCUGCGGCAUUCCCACUAUUUGGUGUUCAGAUGUACAAUAAUCUCGGCUACCAGUGGGCAACUACUCUGCUUGCCUUCCUGGCGCUUGCAAUGGCUCCGUAA